AUGGCUGUCGCCCUGGAGGAGAAAUCGACAUCUCCGCUGUCCUUUCUUUCUGACAAUGUCCUCGCUGCAGCUAUCAACGACACCUAUUCCAGCCUUUCAGAGAAGAGGAAGCUGUUAGGACUGGAAAAUCCUGGCACAGUUGAUAACAUUGCGCGCGAAGUACAAAAAGAUGUUCUCCUAUCUAAUUUCAUGUUCUCUGGCCUGCGUUGCGACCUCCAGAAGAUCUUCAGCGUCGCACCUCUUUUCCGGUUACAACAUGGCUUUGCAAUGGGCUCCCAGGCCUUACCGCCCUGGCAAUUGAUGGCGCUCUAUGGUAACUCAAAUCUCUUCUUGCAAGCCGCCUACUCAAGCGACAAGUCGUUGACGGCCUGGGGGAACCUGCGAUGGUCACCCAAGUUCGUGACAAAGACACAAACUGCGAUCGAUCCAAGACAGGCACAGGCUAUGGUACAAAUUGAUAACGAAUACACUGGUGACGAUUUCUCCGCAUCCGUUAAGGCCAUCAGCCCUUCAAUCCUCGAAGGCGGCCUCACUGGUAUUGUCAUUGGCAGCUAUUUACAAAGCUUGACACCCAGAUUGGCCAUUGGAUUGGAAGGUGUUUGGCAACGCGCUGCUCUCAACUCCAAACCCGAGACUGCGAUGUCCUAUUGCGCAAGAUACAGGUCAACAGAUUGGAUUGCAAGUGCACAAUACCUGGCCCAGGGUUCUCUGGGAGCAUCAUACUGGAAACGCUUGACAGACAAGGUCGAGGCCGGUGUUGAUUGUCAACUCCAAUUUGCACCUGGCAUGGGUGGUGCCGGUGGUAUGUUUGGCAAUAUUCGACGCGAAGGCACGACAACUGUUGGUGUUAAGUACAGCUUUGCUACCUCAGUGUAUCGAGCACAGAUUGAUAGUGCCGGCAAAUGUGGUGUUGUACUUGAGAAACGUGUCGCACCGCCAGUGACCUUGACCUUUGCGGCCGAGAUCGACCAGUGGAAGAAUACGCACAAGCUCGGUCUCGCCGUUUCUCUUGAGGGCGCUCCCGAGGAACUGCAAGAGAUUGCCGAACGAGCGGAUCAGAGCGCACUUCCUCCACCAAUCUAA